GGAAGUUGUGUAAAGCAAACUGUGCUGUUAGGGUACGCGCGUGUCACAAUUUCUACGUAAAUCAAUGCGCAUGCGCACAAUAAUAAGACUGCCAGAUUUCUAUAACCUCAAAAAAUUGUUUUCACAGCAAAUGUCAUAUUUUGAAUUUUUUUUAAAGAUUUGCAACAAUGCCAAAACGAAAAUUAGAACAGGAUAGUGAUGUUCUGAGCCAUGAAAAAAAUUGGUCGAGAGCAGUAGCAUCAUCUACAAAUGAUUCAAUUAAUAAUGACAAAACAAUAAAUAAAAAUUCGUUAGAUUCAGAUGAAGAGGAUGACGAAGCCAAUGAAGACAAUUACAAUGUUAUGGAUGAAAACGAUAUCGAAGGAGUGGAAGAAGGACCAAUGGCUAAAGAAACAAAAGUGGGUUUUACAGCAUUCAAUAUGAAAGAAGAGUUAGAAGAAGGGCAUUUUGAUAAAGAUGGUCAUUACUUAUGGAAAAAAGAAAAACAAAUUCGUGAUAAUUGGCUUGAUAAUAUUGAUUGGGUCAAGGUCGAUUCCAAAGAAGAUAAUGCAGAAAAAAAUGAUACAGUCGAUGAAAAGAAUAGGGGUUUAGCUGAUAGUGAUAGUGAUGACGAUGAAAGCUUGAAAAAUUUAUCAUUUGAUCCUACGGAACUAUACAGACAAAUUUUUGAUUAUUUGCAACCAGGGGAAACCGUUUCGAAAGCUCUAUGUAGACUCGGUAAGGGAAAGAAAAAAAUUUCAUCUGCUGAAAGAUGGAAACGUAAAAAAGCCGGCUUAAGUGAAACCGAUGAAAAUUCCGAAAAAAUUAUCAAGCUUACUGAAUUAUCUAAUGAAUUAUUGACACGUACUGGAAAUAUGAAUAUCUAUCAAGAAACGUAUGAGGUAAUAAAGCGUAAAAUAAAUCUAGCCGAAAAACAAUCGCAUCCUGCCAAACAUGAGGCUGAAUCUGAUAUGUUUGCCGACGAUUUUGAAUUAAAAGAAAAGCAAAAAAAUUCGACUAAUCCUUCGGUAUCAGAUGAAAAUAAAAAAGAUGAAGACCUCAAAGAAGAAGAUGAAGUAGUAAAAUGGGAGUUGAAGUGGUCACAAAACGAUGACGCUGAAAUAAAUGGUCCACAUACGACGGAGCAAAUGCAAACGUGGGCUAAAGAAGGUUACUUCAAAAAAGGAGCUUGGGUUAAACGUGUUGGACAGGCUGGACAAUUUUAUAGUGCUGCAAGAGUCGAUUUUGAACUUUACUUAUAAUAUUUUUUCAUUUGAAAUUGUUAGAAUUUAUAAAAUAUACGGAAUCAAAUGUUUUUUUUUUUGUUUUUUUUUUUUUUGUUUAUUAUUUAGAAAGUACGACUGUCAAGUUUUAAGUUUUUCUCUUACUUUUAUAAAAUUUUGAAAAAUUUACCUUACACUGUAAAAAAUCCGGAGUGAAUUCGGAGUGAAAUUAAAUCCGAAUUCACUCCGCAUUCACUCCGCCACUCGGAGUUCCGGAGUUUUGAAAAAAAUCACUCCGCAUGCGGAGUGAAUUGGGAGUUUUUUUUUAGCGAAGUGAUCUCGGAGUGAUGCGGAUUUUAUUUCACUCCCAAUUCACUCCGGUCCGGCGUUUUAAUACUUAAAUAAAUUUAUACUAAUUUAUAUUAAACUGCUAAACAAUGUGUGUGUGUGUGUGUGUGUGUGUGUGUGUGUUUGCGUGUGUGCAAAUGUGUGCAUGUGUGCAAAUUCGUGCGUGUGUGCAAAUUUGUGCGUGUGUGUGCGAGUGCGCGUGUGUGCCUAAAUAUAUAUGUGCGUAUGCGUGUGCAUAUCAGAUGAUCAAUAAUGUAAUACGCGAAUUUUUACUUCGAUUUUAUUGAGUGGAGUUAUUUUUAUUAGUAAUAUUUUCAAAACUCCGUUCCGGAGUAAAUUUCACUCCGGAGGGAUUAAAUUAAUAAAAAAUUAUUCACUCCGCGAAAACUCCCCUGCGGAGUGAAUUUCACUCCGAGGAGAGUGAAUAAUUAAAAAUUCAUUCACUCCGCAUUCACUCUGGAUUUAAUCCGCAUUCACUCCGCGAAUUUUUUAGAGUGUAAUAAGACGUAUUUAUGGAAUAAAAAAGUAAUUUAUUGUCUUCUCAAAAAUGCAAUUCAGUGACGCAGAAGAAAGUAAAUUUUGCAGAACAAAAAUAAAGAAUAUCCAUAGAACUAUUUGCAUCACAAAAAUAAUUUUUUUUUUUAUUAUUAUUAAAAGGAACUAUAAAUAGGAAAGAAACAGAUUGUUCCAACUAUUGUCCUAAAAGAGCUCAGCGAGAAUUAAAACUUUUUGAUCACGAGCAUGUCUUAAAAAGUGGAGAAAAUUUUUCGCAAAAAAAAAUAUUUUUUCAUCCUAAAACCCAUUGGAGUAAACAACUCGUAAUAAGAAAUUUUUUCUUUGACACCAUCUAUUGAUAUUAUCUUCUUUGAUAAGUAUGUACAAUGAUCUCCACCAAAUAAAAUAAUUUUGAAUCGACCUAGCAUAACAACUAUACGACUUUGACUAAGAAAUCAAACUUUGAAAAAAUUAUUUAAUUAAUAGCUUCCAUAGAUGAAAAAAUUUCAUUAAUGUGGAAUAUUAGUCUUCAACAUACCUAGAAAAUCCCAGAAUUUUUCAAAAUUUUGCAAUUAUAUUUAGAUGGUAUAUAAAUUUUUUUUAUUUUAAAUCGCUUGUUUGCUGAUGAUGCGCCAUUGCCACUGGUCAUGCAAGUUUAUAUUUUCAUUUUUUUUUAAUAAUAAAGCUGAGAUUCUGAUGGAAGCAUGGAAUUAUUUAUAGGGAAUUUCAAAGUUUUUAAAAAUUUUUUGUUUUUGGAAUUUACGCUGUCCUUUACAAUUUUCAAGUAAUUACAAAAUUCGUAUAUCCUACUUGUAAUUAUUGCAAUUUUUUUUUUUGCUUGAUACGCAUAGUUUUUGCAUUACUAAUCGACUGACACCUACUUCAUAGUUUUCUGGGAUGUCCAAAUCUCUCGGCUAGAUCGGAACUUCUUGCUUACGCUAAUGGGUUGUAUACAACUUUAAUGGGUUGUAUAUAUACUUUAUAGACUAUAAUUAUUAAUAUAAUAUAAUAUUUUUAUUUAAUUGAAUAUUCAUCAUUACUACAUAUAUUUAUAAUCAAAAUGAAAUGUAACUGGUAUUAUUCAGUGUAGAUUUUGAUAUUAAUUUUAUAUUCAUUUAAUGUUUUAUUUAUCCACGACGCUGUGUUUUCCAAUUUAACGAGUUUAGUCCAAAGUUGAUUUUGAUCUAACAGCAUUCCUGUUAAAAAGUAGGUGGCUGGAUCUUCAUUGUAUCGACAUAUUAAAGUACUACCAAGUGGUAAUGCCUAUAAAAAAUCGAAUAAAGACAUGAAAAAUUAUACACAAAGUA